AUGCACAAGAAGCGGCAGGCCGAGCUCGUAUGUCUCCUCCAUCCUGCCUUUCCCUUCCCCUUCCCCACUCACCCUCCCCUCCCCCAGCUCAACAGCUACCGCAAAGAGCUCCUCAAAAAGCACAACGCCAGCUCCCUCCGCCAACUCAUCCUCCCCAACAUCGUCCAGGUGCCCAUCUUCCUCGGCCUCACGCUCCUCACCUACCGCCUCUGCACCGAGCCCACGCCGCUCGAGAUGGAGUCCUUCUUGUGGAUCGACUCCCUCGUGCGCCCGGACUCGUCGAUGAUCGUGCCCGUCGCGCUGGGCGUGGCGACGUUCGCGAUGGCGGAAACGCGGAGCUGGACGAUGACGGCGGCGGAGAAGGCGCAGCAGGAUAGGGCGCGGACGCAGAGGAGGCUGCGCGCGGCGGAGGGGAAGGUGGAGUUCAAUAUUGCGGAGAGCAUGAAGAGUGCGAUACGGCUGGUUGCGCUACCGCGUAUCAUUGUGACGAGCUUCGCGCCUGCGGGUUUGGGCAUUGUUUGGCUUACGAACUCAGUGUUCGGUCUGAUACAGAACGUUUGCUUUGACAUUAUCUCAAGGCGAAACCGGCCUGCUGAAGUCGAAGGCGCGCCGAAGUUGCAAACACCUUCGGCUCCGCCAUCACCGCCGGAGACACCUCUGGUUGCCCACAUUCGCAAGGUCUCGCAAGCCUCAUCCAAGCUAGCAGCAGACGUGCCGCCACCUACAACUACUCCGUCGACAUCGACCACACCUCCAGCCAAGCAACGGAAGUCGAGCAAGCACCGCCACGCACGACCAUAG